AUGUCAACGGCAACGCCGCACAAGCCCAUCCCGGCCCGUCUCGCUGGCAAGGUCGCUCUGAUCACCGGGGCAGCAGGCAAUAUCGGGUCGGCAACCGCACACAGGUUCCUGCAGGAAGGGGCCAAGCUCGCGCUCAUCGACCUGGACGCGGCACAGCUACAGAGGACCGAGCAAGCCCUCGUCGCAACCAAUCCUCGCAUCGCAUCGUCUGUCGCCGAACACGUGCUGCGCGUGGUGGCCGACGUCACAGACGAGGAGAGCAUCAAACGCGCGGUUCAAGAGACCGUCGACACUUUUGCCAGGCUGGACACAGCCUUCCUCUGCGCCGGCGCUUCAUACACGGCCACGUCCAUUUUUGACACCGACCUGGAGCUGUACGAUCGUCUGACGAGGAUCAAUAGUAGAUCUGCCUUCGUUGGGAUUAAGCAUGCGGCUGCGGCUAUGCGAGACCUUGGACAGGGAGGGAGUAUCAUCCUCGCCUCCUCGGUCUCCGGGCUCCGCGGAGCACCAGGCAUGACCGUGUACGCUGCCUCCAAGUUUGCCCUCCGGGGUAUGUGUUUAUCGUUGGUCGCCGAACUGGGUCAGUACGGGAUCCGCAUCAACACCAUCCAUCCUUGUGGAGUGAAUACGCCCAUGUUUAGACAGACCUGGACCAGGGAGCAGGAGCAAGCGCUAUUGAAGACUGUCCCGCUUGGGCGGUGGGCAGAGGUUGAAGACGUGGCCGCGGUCGUCUCGUUUCUUGCGAGUGACGACGCUCAAUUCCUGACUGGCGGAGCUCUCAAGGUCGAUGGCGGAAUGGUCUGCAUGUAA